CACUGCGCUCGUAGAUGCGAUGCUCGGCGCAACAAGUCAGCCAGCAGACAUUCCAUGUGCUCAGUGCUCCUCUGCCUUCGUUUUGACAACUCCGACAACCGCUUCUCCUCUUCCAGUCUUGUCUACCUUUCCCCACGGACUUCUUUACUAUCGAAGACGAUGAUGUGGACAUUCGGCCGAAUUUUGUCUUCUGUGAGUGCGCCGUGGAAAUGAUAUACUCGACAGCAUAGCUACCCGCAGCUUCCGCCACGGCUGAUGAUGAUGAUGAUGACGAUGAUGAUGGACCAACAGGAGCAGAGUGAGGACAUCAGUGUCCUGAGCCCGAUGGAGUUGCUGACCGAGGUCGCCAAGGAGGACGAUGGGCACUGCCAACCACAGUUCAGGCUGCAACUGAUUGAUGACCUGACGUAUGAAGAUGUCAAGAAAUGCUACAGGGGCUCGACCGUCAGCAAGUACAACUCCCAGUACCACAAGCUGUUCCAGAGCGUCCCCAAGGAGGAGAUCCUUAUGAAAGUGUAUUCCUGCGCUCUCCUCCGAGACAUCCUACUUCAGGGCCGCCUCUACAUCUCCCGCAACUGGCUGUGUUUCUAUGCCAACCUCUUUGGGAAGGACAUCAAGGUGGCCAUUCCAGUGGUGUCAUUACGGCUGGUGAAGAAGCACAGGACGGCAGGCCUGGUUCCCAACGGGUUGGCCAUCACCGUGGACACCAGCCAGAAGUAUGUGUUUGUGUCCUUGCUGUCUCGAGACAGUGUCUACGACAUCCUCCGGAGGAUCUGCACACACCUUCAGGUGAAUGGGAAGAAAAGUCUUAGCCUGAAGCAGUACUUGGAGGAGCCUAGCUCACUAUCUAUGGAUGAGUUCCCCGUGGUCAAUGACUUCCCUCCGGUGUUGAAGUGGAGGAGGAAGCCGUCCAGUCCGUCCGUGUCCUCGUCUCUCCCGGAUCUCCUUGGUAACUCCACCAGCAGUCGGCGUGCAGUGGACAUCCCCUACCUACCUACGGAGGUUCCCCUGACAUUAAAGGAGCGGAGUCUGGAGACAGGGAAGAUCCUCCUGACAGAGCCAGUACCAGAACUGGGCCACAUGGAGUACCAACUGCUCAAGUUCUUCAUCCUGCUUAUCGUCCUGCUCGUCCUGUCCUCCUGCUACCUGGCCUUCCGUGUGUGUUGUCUAGAGCAGCAGCUGUCCUUCCUCAACACACAUCCCACAAUGCCCAUGAGAGAGAGGUAACACUUGCUGCAUGCUGCGUCAACAUUGGACAGAUGGUCUGUCAGUCACGGAGGUUCUCCUGGCGAUUGGGCAAACAGAGACUCUGUUUGUUUACCUGUUCACUCUGUCCCACCCUGUAGGUGUGGAGAAGUGCCCUGCUGGUUCAAUGAAAAGACAAUGACUUGAGAAAAUCCAAGACCUGAAGCCAAAACUGCAGUUAAAUAGACCGUCCAAUAGGGGGUGCCAGAGAGACAAGAAUCCUCUUGUCGUUCCCUAGAAAGACUAUGGACUGCAGACAAAAGACUGGAAUGGAUGGAGGAGGAUUGGAAGUAGACGACUACAGAGUAGGUGUCAAUGGGACAGAGCCAACGGAGUUCACCUGACCUUUGACCUCAAUGUCCUUGUUUUACUCGGAUUCUGCCAAGGAAUUUUACAAUACCAGUCAACUGAUCAGACACUUCCGCAUCCAGGAUUUUAGAGACAGAGCCUGUUGUCAGACACACGGAGCCUGUUGUCAGACACACAGUGCCUGUUGUCAGACACACGGAGCCUGUUGUCAGACACACGGAGCCUGUUGUCAGACACACGGAGCCUGUUGUCAGACACACGGAGCCUGUUGUCAGACACACGGAGCCUGUUGUCAGACACACGGAGCCUGUUGUCAGACACACGGAGCCUGUUGUCAGACACACGGAGCCUGUUGUCAGACACACAGGGCCUUUUUCAACAGGAAUAGACUGUACCCAGUAGGAGAGUUGCUACGAGAGAGACUGAAUAAAGAUUGAAUAUAAGAAGGCAGUCCGAUCAGGAACUCAACCUGACCUGGUCAACCAUUUCCAACCGUAGCCCACCUUGCAAUGUUUACUGUGCAUGGUCACCGAGACAUAACCGUUCCUGUAAUACUAAGGAAAAAUAGAAACUAUUUCAAUGGACACUAUUAUCAGAGGUUAACAUUUCUGUCAGAAUUUGAAGAUGCUGUACUCGAGUCUUGUCAUGCCAACUGAAAACAUGCUACUGUGUGUGUCAGGUGAGGUUGUGAAAGUGUGUGUGUGUGUGUGUGUGUGCGUGCGUGUUGUAUGUGUGUGUUUGAGUGUAUUAACCAUUGUUUGUGUGACUUAACAAGUGGCUAGGACUGUCUCAAGGUAGUCGGUAGCUUCUCCAUGUCAUGUAAUAAUAGAUAUUGACAGAAUUGUAAAGCCAUUGUCUGUGAAUCUGUGUUGGAUGGAGUGGAACUUUGGACGUGAAUGGAGAGAAAGUGGUGAAAGUAUUGAGAGGGAGAGAGGGGAGAAAGACAAAGAGACAGAGAGAGAGACAGAGAGGAGAGAAAGACAGAGACAGUGAGAGACACAGAGUGA